GCGAGAAGUCGGUUCAUCAACUGCAGAGAGGAGGUGACGUGGGAAGUGCUCGGUUUUGUGAAGAUGCUGGAGAAGAAGGUUUUGGUGAUCACAGAGAACAUCGAGAUGGACUUGCUGUCCUCGGAGUCCCGGCUACUGACGUCAGUCCAGAAGACGCUGCACCCCGUCCAGGAGCGGCGGGAACAUCCUCCGGCGCUGGACGUCGCAGAAGCCCAGAGCCCGGUCCAGCCGGGACACCCUGCCCAGCUCACCACCCCAGAGGACCCGGACCCGCUCGAAUGCACGGAGGAGAUAGAAAUCGAGAUGGAGGUGUUCCCGCCGCUCCGGAUCUCGGAGAGCGAGCUGGUGGAGGUCCAAUCAGAGCAUUCGAGCAUCAUCAGCGUGCAUGCUGGGGGCGCCCGGCGGAGCGAGGUGCUGCGCCUGCUUGGCUCAUCUCGAACGAGCCGGAUGAGUGGUACCUGUGGUCACAUGAUCUUAUUGUCACAUGACUGGCCGCAGACUGACGGUUUAACACCAAAGUGUCAUCGUGUGCACUGGCGGCGCCGGACCCCUCAGACCAGUCGACUGGCAGUCAAAGAUGUGGUGUGUCUUCCUGCAGAUUAUGACAUGGAGCGUUUGGACAGAGUCCAGGGGAGAGAGCGAGCGCUCUCUGCUGUAGCUCUGACGGCUCGUGUCACCAUCGACAGGACCUGGUCAGCUGAUCAGGUGGAGAGUCGCCUGACCGCAAUCUUUGCUGGAGAGAGGCCACGAAACGCACCCAGACGCCGCCUCACCUUCCUCCAGUGUGUACCAGGGUCCCGGGUCCUCUUCGUCCCACAAACACCCGCGAGCGGCUGGACCGGGGACCAGGUCUUGAGGAUUUCAGCGUUCAGUGUUCUGUAUGUUGUCUGUCACUACGACGGCCAACAGGUGACCCCCCCCAGCUGCUGACAUCUUGAAAAGGAUGCUGACU